CUAGUGGAGUCAACAAGUAUUGACGGAAGUUGCUCCCGAAAGUUGUUGAAGCUAACACCUGCACUCCACACACCUUGUCUGAACACAAGAAUACAAUGGCUAAGUAAGUAUUGUAACGUCUUCAAAGGAAAAGAAAGGAUGACUUUUGAGUGAGUACCGUAAACAUUUUCAAGCUCAUUCACGCCACCAGAAAGGUAUACGAGUGAACUUCAAGCAGUUGUAUGGAGAAAUAACCAAAUGCAAUUGAGGGAAGUGCUGCUCGUUUUUCCAGUUUCAGUUCAUAUUUGACCAUAAAUUGGCCCUCUUCAAGUGGCCCGUUAUUAAACACUCACACGCGGUUCUCCAGCGCAACAUUCGCGUAGUAGUGUCAAGGAAAAACUGCGCUUUAUGUCUCCCAAGACGACCUCAAUGACAAAACAAGAUCGCGCCGACCUUUAUUUUGAAAGGCCUAAUCCGGAAGCGUCUCGCAAGCCUUCCUCGAACUUGCUUAAGUUCUCUGCCACUCGAGUGUUGAGCUUUGUUGCGCUUGAUGCCAGCCAGCGGCGAGCAGUGCCAAGUCUCCUCCCUGAAGCCUGCACCAUGCACGGGGGCAAGAGAGGACUGGUGGCCCCGCAAAACACCUUUUUGGAGAAUAUUGUCAGACGCUCCAGUGAAACCAGCUUCUUGCUGGGAAACGCGCAGAUCGUGGAGUGGCCGGUGGUGUACAGCAACGACGGAUUCUGCAAGCUGUCCGGCUACCACAGAGCCGAGGUCAUGCACAGGAGCAGCUCGUGCAACUUCAUGUACGGCGACUUGACGGACAGGACGACCAUGGACAACAUCCGACGCACCUUUGACAGCUACGAGUCCAACUUCUACGAGGUGCUGCUCUACACCAAAAACAGAACGCCCAUCUGGCUUUACAUGCAGGUGGCGCCCAUCCGCAAUGAGAACGACAAGGUGGUGCUUUUCCUCUGCACCUUCCGGGACAUUACGCUCUUCAAGCAGCCCAUCGAGGAUGAAGCCACGCGAGGAUGGACAAAGUUCGCCAGGCUGACGCGAGCGCUAACCAACAAUCGCAACGUGGUCCAGCAGAUGGCGCCGCUGAGCAACACGGAGGUCGCCCACAAGCCGUCCAGACUGGCAGAGGCCCUCCAGCUGGGCUCGGACAUCCUCCCCCAGUACAAGCAGGAAGCCCCCAAAACGCCGCCGCACAUCAUCCUGCACUACUGCACCUUCAAGACCACGUGGGACUGGGUCAUCCUCAUCCUCACCUUCUACACGGCCAUCAUGGUGCCCUACAACGUGUCCUUCCGCACCCGGCAGAACAACCUGCUGUGGCUGGUGCUGGACAGCGUGGUGGACGUCAUCUUCCUGGUGGACAUUGUGCUCAACUUCCACACCACCUUCGUGGGCCCCGCCGGCGAGGUGAUAUCGGACGCCAGGCUCAUCCGCAUGAACUACGUCAAGACCUGGUUCGUCAUCGACCUGCUGUCGUGCCUGCCCUACGACAUCAUCAACGCCUUUGAGCAUUUCGAAGAGGACUUGGUCAUGCCUUCGGGUCAUCCGCGCGACUCGGCAAACUUCCACCGCAACGUCACCAGGGCGGAGGACUCGGUGCUGCCGGGUCUGAGCAGCCUGUUCAGCUCGCUGAAGGUGAUCCGCCUGCUGCGUUUGGGGCGGGUGGCGCGCAAGCUGGACCACUACCUGGAGUACGGCGCGGCCGUGCUGGUCUUGCUGGUGUGCGUCUUCGGCCUGGUGGCCCACUGGCUGGCCUGCAUCUGGUACAGCAUCGGCGACUACGAGGUCAUCGACGAGAGCACCAACAGCAUCAAGACGGACAGCUGGCUCUACCAGCUGGCUUUGAGCAUCGGGACGCCGUACCGCUACAACGCCAGCGGCACGGGCCAGUGGGAGGGCGGCCCCAACAAGGACACGCUCUACAUUUCCUCGCUCUACUUCACCAUGACCAGCCUCACCACCAUCGGCUUUGGCAACAUCGCGCCCACCACCGACGGCGAGAAGAUCUUCUCCGUGGCCAUGAUGAUGGUGGGAUCGCUGCUGUACGCCACCAUCUUCGGAAACGUGACCACCAUCUUUCAGCAGAUGUACACCAACACCAACCGCUACCACGAGAUGCUGAACAACGUGCGCGACUUCCUCAAACUCUACCAGGUCCCCAAAGGCCUCAGCGAGCGCGUGAUGGAUUUCAUCGUCUCCACCUGGGCCAUGUCCAGGGGCAUCGACACGGAUAAGGUGUUGUCCAUCUGCCCCAAAGACAUGCGAGCGGACAUCUGCGUGCACCUCAACCGUCAGGUGUUCAACGACCACCCGGCCUUCCGCCUGGCCAGCGACGGCUGCCUGCGCUCCUUGGCCGUGGAGUUCCAGACCACGCACUGCGCACCCGGCGACCUCAUCUUCCACGUCGGCGAGAGCGUGGACACGCUCUGCUUCGUGGUCUCCGGCUCCCUCGAGGUCAUCCAGGACGAGGAAGUCAUCGCCAUACUGGGUGAGAAUGGAAGGAAAUGCCUGGAUGGGUGGAUGGAUGGAUGGAUGGAUGGAUGGAUGGAUGGAUGGAUGGAUGGUUUCAGCUGUGGAAACGCUCGCGGCGUAGGUAAAGGCGACGUGUUCGGCGACGUCUUCUGGAAAGAGAGCAGCAUGGCGCGAGCCUGUGCCAACGUGCGCGCGCUGACCUACUGCGACCUGCACGUGAUCCGACGGGACCCGCUGAUGCGGGUGCUGGACUUCUACACGGCCUUCGCCCACUCCUUCUCGCGCAACCUCAUCCUCAGCUGCAACCUGCGCAAACGGGUGAUCUUUCGGAAGAUCGCCGACGUGAAGCGGGAGCAGGAGCGCCAGAGGAACGAGGUGGCGCUCUCCAUUCCCGACGACCACCCGGUCCGGAAGCUCUUCCAGAGGUUCCGGCAGCAGAGGGACGGUCAGCCGGCGGAAGAAGCGUCGCCGUACCCCGAUGGCAACUGCGUGCCGGAGGAGCCGCCGAGUGCCAACGCAGCUCAAGGCCAAGCCGACAAGUCGGAGCAAAACUGCGCCGAUGCCGCGAGCUCUCCACCUUGCGCGGAGAAGCCGCAGAGCCAGGGGGCCAACAGAGCGGGGACGGCGGGCCGCGGAGCAGGCGCUCGUGGGUGGGCAAAGUUUAAAAACGCCACAUCAGCUGCGCCUGCUCCAGAGCAGGAGAAGCCCACAGAGAAGAAGGCGGAGGUUCGGACUGAAGGACCUCAGUCGUCGGAGGAAAUAGCAGCUAAAGAGAACCAGAGCCAAAAGGACAAACGGGACGGAGAGGAAGCGGGCGGCGCUGCUUCCGCCGCCGCCGCCAUCGGCACAGAGGAAGCCAGCGCCCUCCACAAAACCGACUCGUGCGACAGCGGCCUCACCAAGAGCGACCUGCGCAUCGACCGAGUCGGAGACUCCAGGAGCUCCUUCGAGCGCAGCCCCAUGGAACGCAGCCCCAUGGAGCGGAACCCUUUCGGGCCCGGCGGCGGCGGCUGCGAGCGGGAUCUCCUGCAGGCCGCGCUGUACGAGGCCAAGGUGGAGCUGAAGGGCGACAUCCGGGCGCUGGGCGGCCGGCUGGCGGCGCUGGAGGCGCAGGUGGCCGAGGUCCUCCGACUGCUCUGCGUCAGAAGGAGACUCUCGCUGCCGCCCACGUCCUCGCCCAGGCCUAGGCUCAAAAGCCAAGACUCUGGCGCCACCUCCGUGACUCAAGCCAGGAGAGACAACGGGCCCUUUUGAGAAACUGCCAGGAAGCAUUAGCCAGCUGGCCCGCCAAGGAAAGGUUUGAAAAGACUGCAUGAAAAACACCCCCACGUGACUGGAGGAUUGCUUUGCGGUUGUCCCCCCACUAGAUGGCAGCACCCAGCCAGCUGCCCAGUCCAAAAGUCAUGCGUGCCAAAGAACUCGGAUGUUGAAGUGAGGGGAGAAGCCUCAACAGAACGUUUUGUCGCCCGCCUUUGGCAACUGUAGGCAUUACAUUUCCAACUCGUAGGGUUACCAGGUCACUGACGGGUUAGGAGGGUAACCCGAGCCGUUGGCUUUUGUUGGCAUGCUAGCGUGACGGACGGGAAUGUCGUGUCCAACUGCUGACGUCUCUCCCGCUUAUUUAUUCAUGAAUUAAACGAAAAUCGACAUUAACUCCCCUCGGAGUCAGUCACUCUUGGUGCCUUACACUUGACUGAAACCUCAGUGAUGCUUUGUCGAUCCAUAUGUUACCACGUGUCCAGUCCAAGAAAAUAGAUUUCUCAUUUUUCUGCUCAAAUUCUUUUAGUCUGCUACUUUUUGAUGCUAAAGUAAGUCUGAACGUUAGUCUAUAAUUUCUCGCAAAACUGAAUUCUGCCUGACACAAAGAAAAUGAUGAUGAUGAUGCAAUAACUGCCGGAUGCGUUUCCCUUGCAUAGCUCCGUUGCAAAGCACAGAUGUGGGUGAAAGAAAGUGACGGCCAUUUUAUUUCGAAUUGUGACUCGUGGUUAAAUGCAAUGACAAAUCAAUGUAGCAGUCUAACGCUCAGGUAGUUUUGAAGUGUGGAUCAAUCAAUCAAUGCCGACAUAUGUACGAGUACGGAGGGUGGAGUAGCGAAAUAAUAAUAUGCAAAUCUGAGUGUGAUUGUCAUUUGAGUGAAUGCAACUGCUUCUUUUGUGUGGCAAUCCAUCUUUGUAAGCAUGUAACCUCUCCACUACAUUGAUGUUUGCAGAUUAGAUUUGUUAAAGGACUUUGCAUGUAAGCUGGAAAGCUUUCUACAAUGUAAAAAAAAAAAAAGAAGAUGCCUGCCCACCAUCAGCUCUCUUUAUUUAGUCAUUGAACUAUUGUUAUUUGAGUUCAAUAAAGGUAUUUUUCUCCUAA